CGGGCAGCAGCAGCGGCUGAGGCCACUUUGGCGUGCUGCUGGUUUCCCGCCGCGGCGCCCCCUCCGCCCGCCACGAUGAUGAUGAUGUCCCUCAACAGCAAGCAGCCCUUCGCCAUGGCCCACGGCGGGGGCGGCGGCAGCCUGCACGAGCCCAAGUACUCGGCCCUGCACUCCGCCUCGCCCUGCACCUCCUCGGCCGCCGCGCCCUCGGCCAGCUCGCCCAGCAGCACCAGCGCCGGCAGCGGCGCCAGCGCCCGCAGCAGCGCCCCCAGCAGCACCAGCAGCAGCACCAGCACCUCCGAGGCCCUGCGCCGCGCCUGCCUGCCCACCCCGCCGAGCAACAUCUUCGGCGGUCUGGACGAGAGCCUGCUGGCCCGCGCGGAAGCCCUGGCGGCGGUGGACAUCGUCUCCCCCGGCAAGAACCACCACCACCAUCCGCCCCACCACAGCCCCUUCAAGCCGGACGCCACCUACCACACCAUGAACACCAUCCCCUGCACCUCGGCAGCCUCCUCCUCCUCGGUGCCCAUCUCGCACCCCUCCGCCCUCUCCGGCACCCACCACCACCACCACCACCAUCACCACCACCACCAGCCGCACCAGGCGCUGGAGGGGGAGCUCUUGGAACACAUCACCCCGGGGCUGGCGCUGGGGGCCAUGACGGGCCCCGACGGCUCGGUGGUCUCCACGCCGGGCCACGCUCCCCACAUGGCCAGCAUGAAUCCCAUGCACCAGGCGGCGCUCAGCAUGGCUCAUGCCCACGGGCUGCCCUCCCACAUGAGCUGCAUGAGCGACGUGGACGCCGACCCGCGCGAUCUGGAAGCCUUUGCCGAGCGCUUCAAGCAGAGAAGGAUCAAGCUCGGGGUGACCCAAGCGGACGUGGGAUCUGCCCUGGCCAACCUCAAGAUCCCCGGGGUGGGGUCCCUAAGCCAAAGCACCAUCUGCAGAUUCGAAUCGCUCACUUUGUCCCACAACAACAUGAUCGCCCUCAAACCCAUCUUGCAAGCGUGGCUGGAAGAGGCGGAGAAAUCGCACCGGGAGAAGCUCACCAAGCCCGAGCUCUUCAACGGGGCGGAGAAGAAAAGGAAACGCACCUCCAUCGCGGCUCCAGAGAAGAGGUCUCUGGAAGCCUAUUUCGCCAUUCAGCCGCGUCCUUCCUCAGAAAAAAUAGCCGCCAUCGCGGAGAAACUGGACCUCAAGAAGAACGUGGUCCGGGUCUGGUUCUGUAACCAGAGACAGAAACAGAAGCGGAUGAAAUAUUCCGCUGGGAUUUAAAGCCUUUGGGGAUCCUGUCUGCUUUUAAGCAAACAAACACCUGAAUCUAAAACAGUUACCAACACCCUUCUCUUCUCUUUCUGGGAGAGAAAAAGGAGCAACAUUCAAAAAGACAUUCAGACUGGAGACAUAUUCGCAAACUGUGAAUGGAGAAGUAAAGCGUCAAGUUCCACGAGGCUGACCACCCUGAAGACUCCGGCAGGAGCUGGCGUCAAAGACAGAGACUGGUUUUGUGAAGGCAGAUAAGAAACCUUUAUAGAGGACUGAAGACGUAUCAAGUAAGAGUUGUUUUUAUUCUUAAAGACAUCACCUUUAUUCAGAUGUAAGAGUACACUUUGCAGCUAUUUUUCAGAAAAAGAGAACAUAAAACUGACUAGUGACUGAAACUUUGACCUAUAGUUGAAUACCAUAAGAGAGGCAUCUCAAAAGUAUUUUGGUUUUUUUAAGAAAUAAAAAGAUGGCAGGUUUUCUGCGAUUACACUGCAUAUUAUAAAUCUAAUAUAUAUAUAUAUAUUUUUACUGUGGUUAUUAUCAAUUUCCUUCUCUGAAGUGAUAAUGCUGAGGGAAAGAGCUGAUCCUGCUGCGUUCACAGAUCUUAAGAGCUAUUAUUAGAUUACUGCCAAACAAACCCCUGUAAAUUAUUAAUUUAUCUCUCUAGUAACUUCAUUUUGUGCGCAUUCUAAUUAAUUGCACCUCUUUCAUCAAAGUCUAGACAAAAGUAAAAGAAAAGUAUGGUUCCUGUAAAUUAAUUAUUUUGUGUUGGUUGGUACAAUUUAUGAACCUGAACUUUCCCCUUUCUUAAAAAAAAGAAACAAACUAGAAACCCUUCCUUUUGACCAUCUGUAUAUUGUCACCUGAAGUUAAAACUAUUUCUCUAGCAAGUAUUCUUAUUUGUAAGGCGUUCUCGCUCUAUAGUGGCUGUCCUGCGUUGUUUGUGUAGACUGAUUCACUCGUCUAAGGAGAUAUUUGUUGACUGCGUUACAUAUUUAAUGGGGAUUCCCAGAUUGUCGCCACCACAUGCUACUUUAAGAAGAUGCACUUGAAUAGGUGACAGGGUGGUGGGCUUGUUGCUUUAGAUUCCUUUAUCAAAGUAUUGUCUUUUAUAGAUUUUAACAGAGUUUCUCAUCAGUGUUGGGAUCUGCUACUUAGUCCUUAUUUUCUUUGAUUGCUAUAGGUUUGCAUUAUUUUGGAGGUUUAUUUGUACAAAAGCCAAAAGUAUAUAUUAGAGGGAAAGAAUGAGAGAUUGAGAGAGAGAAGUGUGCAAGAGAGAUAGUGCACUGUUUGUAAAUCCACAUUGUUCAGUACAACUCUUUUGAAACAACCCCUCUCCUCCCCCAAAGGUACUUAGAUUGCGGUACCGCUGUGUAUUGUAAAUAAUUCAUAAUGGACGCACAUACAGUUAUAUUCUUACAGAUUUCGCUGUAUUGCUGUUAUGUUCCAAGGCUAUUUGAAGCCUUACUUCUGUACAUUAUAACUAUUGCUUUGUUUUUGUUAAUAGAAGGUUUAUUUAUUAUGGUAAUGUAUUAAGUUAUUUAAAAUGUUGUUUGAUUGUCUUUCAUUAAAAAAAAGAUUUUAACGUUUUAUUGACAUAAA